AGGCCAGCAUUGUGUCUCUUGCUGUACAGCCUACCAGAAAUUAUUCCAGGAAGACUAAGAACUAAAAUAGUCUGGAUUAUCACUGCGACACAGCAACAACAACUUAAUCUAUAAAGUCCUCCACUCAGGAGGACAUUCAUUCAUCUUCUACUGCUUUAUCCUCCACAUGAGGGUAGCGGGGGGGUGCUGGUGCCAAUCCCAGCUGACCAUUGCCAAAAAAUGGCUGACAAGCUCACGGCGGAGAGAAAGAGACAACAGACUCCCAUCAUGUUGACGAAUGAACACCAAGAACAAAAUCUGACAGCUGACCUGGACGAUAUCCAGCGAGACACGACAGGUGACUUCCACGUGGAGAGUGUCCAACAAGAACUGGUGAGCGUCAAAGUUUUACAACAACACUGCAGCAUUGAGUAUGAAGCUGAAGUUCUGACACUCAGGCAGAAGACUGAAGGCCCUCAGUUUAGACUUGAUGAAGAACCCGAGGCCUUCAAAGACACUGGAGCCCAAAAAAGCCUCAUAAUGAACGACAUGAAGCCUGAGCAGAGAGCAUUCUGUCAGAAGGUAAUGGAGGAGCUUGAGGUGGAGAGGGAGAGCAACUUGAGCCUCAGAGAAGAACUGAUGAAAGUCAGAGCUUCACACCAGGAGAUGAACCGUAUGUAUGAAGCUGACCUCAACACACUGAGGCGGCACAUUAACUUCCUUCAGCAAGAACUCGAGAAAGAAAAGAAGAGUCAUGAAGACACUGUGUCCAAACAUCAGCUCUUGCUCCAAAACCUGAGGACUGAGCAGGACACCUUCUGUCAGAGAAUAACACAGGAGAUCAAACUUGAUGUGGAAAACACUGCUGAGGAGAAGAUGCUUCUGCUGAGAGCAAUGGAGAAUCUGAAGUCUCAGCUCGACGAUCAGCUGUCACUUAAACCUAACAUCUCCACAGAGUUCAAGGUUGAGAGAGAGGACAAUCAGCUCCACCAAGACAAGGAGGUGUGUGAGGAGAAUGUUCUCCUGAUGCAUGGACCUGAUAUAGAGAUAGUCGUGGUUGAGUCUCCAGAGAAGAAUCGGUUCCAGAUUUGUGAGGAGUUGCUACCUAAUGUUCUCCUGAAGCAGGAACUUGAGUCUGAGGAGUCUGAUAUAGAGACAGUUGAGGUCCAGUCUUCAGAGGAGAGUCAGUUCCUGAUCCGUGAGCUGGAGUUGAAUGAGCAGAAGAUGAAGCUCACUGAGGAGACUCAGAAGAAUCAGACACUGACCAACGAGCUGGAGACUCUCCGACAAGCCGUCACAAAUGCGAGUGUUGAAAUGUUCACGAUGAAGAACCCGGCUGCCCUGAAGAUCCGAGAACUGGAGGACAUCGUUGGUGCUGAGCAUGAGAAGAGAGAGGCAGCCGAGGCCACUCUAACGAGACAGGUGAAGUUGGUGGUCAAGCUCAUCUUUGCUCUGACCGGUGCCCACAACAGUCUAGAAGAGUCCAGAUCCCAGUGGGAGCAGGAAAGGUCCCGUCUACUCGCCGAGCACAGGCAGGAAACAGACCGCAUUAUGGCAAUGCUGCGUUUAGAGGAGGAGGGGAGGAGGCGGAGACUGGAGUGGCAGAGAGAUAUGUUCGCUUUUCUGGAGUCUCUGGGCAUAAAUGACGACAGCUCUGUGGGACAUGGAAUAGGAGGCGGAGGCGACGGUUGGGAGAGGACAGGGCGGUCUUCAAAUAUUUGACCAAGGUCAACUUUUCAUCGGGUUGCAGUGGUUAAACUACACAUCUGGUCCACAUCUAACGCGGACCUCGUUGACCUGGACUCAUGUUCUCGAGACCUGACGGGGUCGCGGAGGUCGAGGCUCGGCGGCCGUAAACAGCUGUUUUUUUUUUCACGUCGGCUUCCGGACUUGACGGAGGAUCUGAGGCGAGUCCGCGGCCGCAGCUGAUCUCCUCCCAUAAUGCUUCAUUACCAGAGCGCCCACUCUGACCCCGGCGGCCUUUUAGCAGGCAGGCAGAACGAGGCCAGAAAGAGUCAGAGCUGCUGCAACUGCGGCGGCAGAAACCUCCUCCAGCUCCUGCUGUAAUGGGAUACACAGCGAGUUCCCUCCGGCAGGUUCCGGGUCGUUCUUCACGGGUUUGUUGUGAACAGACGUUUAAAAACCUUGCCUCCGUCUGCGGCUGCUCUCCUGUGGUCUCGACCCAGCGCUCCUGACCACCGCUGAAGUGAGCUGCAGACUUAUUAGAUCAGGGAGCGAGGAGUCGUCGUCGGGGGAAACGAGACGCUGCCGGGGAAACCUGCACGACGACCGGAGUGUGGCUCAGAGGCGACGUGGAAGGGAAAGUACGUGGACAGUGUUGGCGUUUCGUACCGUUGGCGGGGCGUGGGUCCAAAUAUCGAUAUAUUAAUUCAC